AUGAUGCUGUUUCGCAGCCUUUUGGCCUGCCUUGUGGCGACAUUGCCUUUGGCUUUGGCUCAGGAUGAUGCUAUGUCUGCGUUGGCGACACUGCCAAAGUGUGCUGCAAAAUGCAUGGUUACCGCGAUUGAAACCUCGACAUGUGAACUUGGGGAUGUGAAAUGUUCAUGCACAAAUGCGCCUCUUCAAGCAGAGAUUGAAAAGUGUGUUUUGACGUCUUGUACAGUCCAAGAGGCUAUGAGUACCAAGAACACCACCUUAACAGCAUGCGGCGCACCUGUCCGAAACCACCGAGGCCAAUUCGUUUCCACAAAUACCGUGAUGGGCAUUUUAUCAGGCCUUUUUAUAGUACAACGAUUCUCAACCAAGAUCUUCCUGAAGUUGCCUCUUGGUCUCGAUGAUUUGUUUAUGGUUUUCGUCGCGUGCACUGCAGUCCCGUCCAUUACUAUCAACGCAUACGGUCUUGCCCCCAACGGAAUCGGUCGCGAUAUCUGGACACUAACGCCUCAACAAAUCACCAACUUCGGCCGAUAUUUCUACAUCAUGGCAAUUCUAUAUUUCUGCCUACAAACCUUCCUUAAGCUAUCUAUGAUUUUCUUUUUUCUUCGAAUCUUCCCCACGAAAGGCGUUCGAAAGAGUCUCUGGAGUACCGUUAUCUUCACAGCCAUAUUUGGACUGGUUUACAUCUUCAUCACCAUUUUCCAAUGUAGACCUAUCAGUUAUUUCUGGACAAAGUGGGAUCACGAACAUGAAGGGACAUGUCUUGAUGUCAACGCCGUCGUAUGGUCAAGCGCAUCUAUCAAUAUUGCUCUUGAUAUUUGGAUCUUGACUAUUCCUCUUUCACAAUUGAAGAAAAUGAACCUGGAUUGGAGGAAAAAGAUUGGCGUGGGCAUGAUGUUUAGCGUUGGCAUUUUUGUUACCAUUAUGAGUAUCCUUCGACUUAGCGCCACUGUCCAAGCAGGUACAGGCAAAGGCUCAAAUAACCCGACUUGGGAAUACAUUGCUGUUACCAGAUGGUCAACUAUCGAAGGCAAUGUCGGAAUUAUCUGCGCUUGUAUGCCCUCACUUCGUAUACUUCUCGUCCAAAUCUUCCCCAAGAUUCUUGGUACAUCUCGCCGCGGAUACCAGACCUAUGAUAAGUACGGCAGCAACAGGCCUACGAAUGGAGGUACGAACGCAAGCCGAUCUCGCUCGCGAGCACCACUUGGUACAACGUCUCAUGUCGACAAAACACCUGCAUCGCGUAUCGAUCCGAUUGGUAUUACUUGCGACCGCACGUAUGAGGUGGAAUAUGGUCAGACAGAUGAGACCCAUCUGGUGGCCAUGAAGGAUAUAGAGAUGGACUGGCGUAGCGAAAGGUCCCAAAAUUCUCAGCCAUAG